CGCGCAGCCCCUCCUCUCGCGUCCAACCCGCCGCGUGUCUCAUUCAUCGGCAGCACCACAGCCUGGUGGCUCGCGGAGGUGUCGGGCUGCUUCGCGGAGGGCUGGAAACUCCACUUGAGCGGGCGAGUCUUUUGAAGAGAUGGCCAGCUGAGCGCGGACACAGGAGGAGGAGGAGGACGACGGAAAGGUCUCCCCCGCCAUGUCCUUGCCUCCUAUCGCGCCGCCGCCUUCUGCCGCCCCCCGACUGCAGUCGAGGAAGCAACACCAGCCGUCGCCUCCGGUGGCGGCUCCUCGAAAGCCGAUGGCGGUGCUCGCGGCGGCCCCUCUAGCUCCAGGCAAGCCUCCUCGGAAAGGGCGCGGCGUGCCUUCAGAGCGAGCCGCCGGCUUCUCCAGUUCCUGGCCCAGCGCCUCUCUGCAGAAGCAGCUGCCGCGCAGCCGAGCUGCCCAAGGGAGCAGGAACGCCCCGCCGCCCGAAGGAGGGGUGGCAGCGGCAGCCGCUUUAGGCGCUGCCUUAUCUCGCAGCCGGGGCCGCUCGGGACCGCCAGCCGCGGGCACGCGCUCCUGCGAGAGCCUCUGCGCGGCGCCCGGAGGCCGCGGGGAGGCUUCGCUGCGCUUCUCACUAAGCCUUCCGCCGGAGGCGAUCCGGGUCCUACAGCGCCGAAGCCUGGAGAAGCAGCGGCCGCGAGGGCGGCUGGCUCGCUUCGCUUCCCCCGACGCCUCCAAGUGUCCUUUGGCGGGAGGCUCGUCGCCCGAGGGGGACUUGCGCGCCCUGCUGCAGGUGUCCCUGCUGAACGAGCGCCAUCGCUACGACGACGUGGAGUACGAGGAGGAAGAGGCGGCGGGCGACCCCGGAGCCUCUACGGCGGAUGAAGGGCUGGUCCGUAAGUGCACCGAAUGGCUCCGUGGCGUGGAAAGCGCCGCUGCCCGGGACCGGGCGGACAAGAUGGACACCCUGCCUCACUUGAGCACCCUUUGAGCGGCCAGCUGCUGGCUCCUCAGCCUUUCAUAGCCGGCGUAGCCCUUCGGGAAGGGCGACCUUCCGAAGAAGCAUCGUUUGCAAACAAAAAUUCUUAUCAUUCCUUUUCCCGGUUGCUUUCUAGUUUAUUCCUGCGAAAAAUCUCACUUUCUACCUGUGGGUAGUACUCUAUAGUACUGUAGUGGGUUUCGUCCUCUGUCGGCUCUGGAUCUUUCCUGGGGAGGUGGGUGUGGUUUUCUUUUUGUGCCUUUUCUCAAACACGCAGAGGGAAAGCCCUGUCAUUCUGGUAUCACCAGUUGCUAAGGAAGCAAGGUGGCCUCACGUUGUACCACAGUAGCUGUAUGUAAAAUGCACAUUAGACUCCAGUCAACACCAUCACUUUGCCGAUAGCACAUCAGAAAGGUGCUUACCAUUGUCCUCAAGAUAAGUGUCAAAUAUGUCUGCCAGAAGGGCAGACUCACUUGGUUGGAAAUCUGCUUCACUUCAAAAUGGAUUAUUUAUCCAGCAUUUUAAAAAAUGCUGUUGUUUCAUAAUGUUAAGGAAAAAGAGACAGGAAUGCAACUCAUUUGUGUAUUAUUCUUUGCUAAGCUAGUAUAAAUUUUUGAACAUGAAAGAUGAGAAUGGUGAAUGAAGUUUGAUGCCUCGGUGUAUACGUUUUACUAAAACCAGCCAAAUGUGUGUGUUCAAUUUUUUCAUCAAUAUUCAACUUGUUAUAACACAGUGAUUUAUUUUAUUAAUGUUUGUAAAGGUUGAGGACUCCGCAUAAUCUGAAUCUGUUCCAAAUAUGUUUGGAACAGGUUCACCUUACGGAAAAAGAGGGGAAAAAACCCUUAAUGCAUUCUGAGAUCCAGGGGAGGCAAAGGAAGACUGAAGAAACUUUCUCCAUGGUUUAUUUUAACUUCCUGGAUGUGCCCUGAGGGUGACUGUGGAGUUUAUGAAUUAACUUUCAUUCUACACAAGAGAGACAAAAAGAAAUAUGCUGUCUCUAUUCAAAGUGUUCUGAAUGAAAAUAUUUUUUUUAUUAGUGCUUUGUAAAUACAGAAUAGCGCAGUGAUUUUGUAAAUCUGUAACAUUUCUAUUUAUUUGAAUAAACAGUAAAAUUUUA